AUGAGAUUAAGGAAAGAGAUCGGUGUGCAAAAAUAUCUCAUCUCCACGGAGACUCUGGCCAAGUGCAAGAAGGGCGUCAAGGUCGUGAACGUGGCUCGGGGCGGCAUCAUAGAUGAGCAGGCCAUCAUCGACGCCCUUGAGAGUGGCCAAGUGGAUGGGGCCGCCUUCGACGUGUAUCCCGAGGAGCCGCCCAAGUCUGCGGUCACCAAGGCACUCAUCAGUCACCCGAAGGUGGUCGCCACGCCCCAUUUGGGAGCCAGCACAGCGGAGGCGCAAGUGCGUGUUGCCGUCGAGGUGGCAGAGCAGUUCAUCGCCCUCAAUGGCACAUCCCCGAAGUACACGAGCACCGCGGGCGUUAUCAACAAGGAGGCCCUCGCCCAUUAUCAGUAG